AUGCCAGCCACGAAGAUCGCACCAUCCGUGCUCGCCUCCGACCUUGGCAAUCUCAACUGCGAAUGUCAACGCAUGAUGGACUCAGGAGCCGACUGGCUUCACAUGGACAUCAUGGAUGGUCACUUUGUGCCCAACAUUGUUAUGGGCGCACCCGUCAUUGCGUCUGUUUCCAAAGCUGUACCUAACAUCUUUAUGGACUGUCACAUGAUGGUCUCCGACCCAGGUAAAUGGGUCAAGGAUAUUUCUGAAGCAGGUGGAGCCUCGUAUACCUUCCACUUGGAAGCGACCGACGACCCUAUGGAUGUAGUGCGUCAGAUCAAAGCCACCAAGAUGCGUGCGGCUGUCGCUAUCAACCCGGGAACGCCUGCGUCGGAGAUCAGCGAUGAACUCGGAAAUGCGGUGGAUAUGAUCCUGGUCAUGACGGUAUGGCCUGGCGCAGGUGGGCAGAAGUUUAUGAAGGAGUGCAUGCCCAAGGUGGCCGAGUUGCGAGCGAGGUUUCCAGACUUGGAUGUCGAAGUUGAUGGAGGUGUGGGUCCUAAGACGAUCGAUAGGUGUGCUGAUGCUGGCGCCAACAUCAUUGUCGCAGGGACGGCGAUAUUUAACCAUUCGUCACCCAAGGACGUCAUCAAGUUCCUCAGGACGAGAUGCGAUGAAGCGCAGGAAAGAAUCAAGAGAGAACGCGAACGAAUCGCUCGUGGCGAGCCCGUAGACCACGAGAUCAAACACUACGAAGACGGUCGCAAGAGCGGUUGGCAAUCGGGCGCUAUCACUCCAUUGUCGUAUCCAAGGGUGUACAUGUCGGCGAGCAAGAGGGAAAAGUUGAGGAGGGAAUCGCAAGGUGCACUCGAGAGGGGCGAGAGGCCGACGUUGAGCUCGUUGCAGGGCAUGAGUGGGCUCAGUAUCACGCCUGCUGCCAGUGCGGUCGAGGGUAAAUGA